GGCUCCGCUCGGCUCCCCCCGCCCCCUCCCUGCCCCUGGCGCGGCCGGGCCGCCUGCUUUCUGCUGGACGGGGACGCAAGGCGACACCCAUGAAGGAGAGAAGAGCGAGCCAGAAACUCUCGAGCAAGGCGGUCAUGGAUCCGAACCAGAACGUGAAGUGCAAGAUCGUGGUGGUCGGCGACAGCCAGUGCGGCAAGACCGCCUUGCUCCACGUCUUCGCCAAGGACUGCUUCCCCGAGAACUACGUCCCGACCGUCUUUGAGAAUUACACGGCCAGCUUUGAGAUCGACACGCAAAGGAUAGAGCUGAGUCUGUGGGACACUUCGGGAUCCCCUUAUUAUGACAACGUCCGCCCGCUCUCCUAUCCAGAUUCUGAUGCUGUCUUGAUUUGUUUUGACAUUAGUCGGCCAGAAACCCUCGACAGCGUGCUAAAAAAGUGGAAAGGUGAAAUCCAGGAGUUUUGUCCUAACACCAAAAUGCUUUUGGUUGGCUGCAAGUCUGAUCUGCGAACAGAUGUGAGCACACUCGUAGAGCUUUCCAAUCACAGGCAGACACCAGUAUCAUAUGAUCAGGGUGCAAAUAUGGCCAAACAGAUUGGAGCAGCUACUUAUAUCGAAUGCUCAGCUUUACAGUCAGAAAACAGUGUAAGAGACAUUUUUCAUGUUGCCACCUUGGCAUGUGUAAACAAAACAAAUAAAAAUAUUAAACGGAACAAAUCACAGAGAGCAACAAAGCGAAUUUCACACAUGCCGGGCAGGCCAGAACUAUCAACAGUAGCUACAGAUUUGCGAAAGGAUAAAGCGAAGAGUUGUACAGUGAUGUGAAGGAUCUAGAUUUCCUUAAGAAGGAGGAAGAGACAAUGUGUUCAGGAAAGGUGAAGACUCGGUGAAGUACGCAGCCAACUGGCACAAAACAUCAGCUUAAGUCAAUACUUUAAAGGAUACUCUUCACCUUUUGUGUGUGACUGUAUUUAGGGAUUCAGAAAGUAAACCAAGCAACGAAAACAGAUGGAUCUAAAUGAGAUGGUGUCAAAAAAUGUUACACGAAAGAAAUGCCAAAAGAGGAAGAUAUUUGAAUGUGCUAAAAAAGCGAUGUAAGGGAAAGUAGCACCUCGGAGAAGAGAGAUGUCUUUGACUGUGCUUUGUUUGUUUUUCUUAAAGCUCUAUUCCUGGAUACUACUUUGAUUUAAUUAAAAUAAUAUUUUAAUGUUCCUUUUAAAAAAAAUGAAUUAAAGGUAUCAUUAAUUAUAUCUUCUUCAUUGGGGAGCUAGCCCUGUGACCUUAGAGUUUGGUUUUUUCCAAAGGAUAUGAUCUAAUUUCCUACUGGCUCAUCAUUUAAAUGGAAAUUGUAUCGAGGCCCAUGGGUCAUCCAGAGGAAAACAGCAUAUGAGAAAGCUUUGAAAUCAUGCCUUCCUGAGAUGGCUGUAUAAGCUAAAUUUGAACAAGUGGUUAAUGAAGACCUUUGGAGACUUACCAGUAUUUUCAGUGCCCUACCACAACAAACAUUAAAAUGAAAUAGAAAAAAGUACCUACCUGUUACAGAACUUUUGAAAAUAUUUUUUUUCUGUUCAUUGUGUGAUGGUAACUAAAGUGGUGAUGCUCUUAAUCUUUUAUGUUGACAUCCCUCUUCGUAAUGUCCCGAUGUACUGUAUGGAUAUGUCACUAGGCAAAAUUAAAUGAAAGGUGAUAUGAGUUACAACAACAAAUAAUGAUUAAUUCAAAACACAUUUUUACAGCCUUAGUGCCCAGUGCUGUGAGAUCUUAAAAACCCACAAUUUCUGUAGUCUUCAGGAGUGGAGGAGCUUGGGGCCUUCUCAGUAUCUGGCCCUGCAUACAUAUAAAGGAGAAGUGCUAUUCUGUGAUGUGAUUCUCUGUAAUUAUACUUAAACAAACAUAGAAGUACACAGAUGAACCAGAAUAUCUAGUAUAUUAUACACUCUCACAGGGAUGCCUUGGAUGACUGUCUUUUUAGUACAGAUUUCAUUAUUCUCCUAAUGAGUACUAUGAGGAAAUGGGGCCUAUAGAACUGUGGCGCCUUAAAGGGCCCCCAGUGGAAACUGGAUAGUGCAUUCAUCUUAAAGGACUAAUAGGUGCAUAUCCAGGUGGUGAUUGUUAAAUGUUGGUCAGUUUUUUUUCAGUUACUGAUUACUACUGUUACAUGAAAUAAAUCAGUCUCUAAAAUGGCUUGCAGAUGUUUAGUGACCAAUUAUCUUCAUGGCUUCUCUUAAAGGAUACUGUAAGCUCUGACUGGUUGCUAUAGCUUGUUUGAAGACAAGCGUUGUUUCCAAUGAUAAUGCUUCAUUUUUGAAGUAUUAAAGCGGUGUUCACAUUAAGCUGUGGCAGGGUAAAGGACUUAGGAACUGAAUACACUCAAUGCCAUGUGUUACCAGCACUUUGUUUCUUCUCUGCAAGAAGAAAAAACUACCAUUCCAACCAUUUUUCACAAAAAAACACUUUACCACCAUAAUAUGCUUCUGACUGAUGCAGCAGUAUGCUUAGGGCAGUAUUACAAAAUAGCUGGCAAGUGCUUUCUGUAUUUAAAUAUUGUAAAAAGAAAGUAAGUUAUAACUGUCAUAAAACAGGAAUUCCAUUACUUUUUUAAUGUUGAAGUCACUUUGUAUGUUUGGUUAAUGUUUCUCCAGUAUUUAUUAAAAUAUCUUUUUUUCCUUUGAAUAAAAAAAGUCAGUGUAAA